AUGGGUAUGGGUACGGGUAUGGGUUCUAUGGGUAUGGGUCCGGGUAUGGGUAUGGGUAUGGGUCCGGGUAUGGGUAUGGGUGGUUCGAGCCAACAUGAAACUUUUGGUGGGUCGUCUAGCCAACAAAACACUCCCGGUUCAUUUUUUGAUCGUCAAAGGCUAGUUGAGACUCCACCACUAGAUUCUCAAGAUGAUGAUGUUGUUCAAGAGACACAACCACCCCCUCAACCAUCAAAACCAAGGCGGCAUAGAAAAAAAGUCGCCGGCGAAGACGAACCACGACCAAGAAAUGUCAUACAAACGUGGUUACCGUCGGAAGAAAUGAAUCUAGCUACGGCUUGGCUAUCGGUGACCGAAGACCCGGAAUGUGCAAAUUAUCAAAAAAAGGGGGUAUUUUGGUCACGAAUAACCGAAACUUUGGCAACAUUAAAAGAAAAGCCGAUAGAUUACCGUGACCCCGAAGUUGUGAGUGCAAAAUGGAGGAAGAUACGUCCAAUUAUUCAAAACUUCAACCAAAUCUAUACUCGAAUCGGUCAUGCAAGUGGGGAAAACGAUUUAGAUCGUGUUAGAAAGGCCAACGAAGAGUAUGAAGGAACUUAUCGCAAGGUUUUUCCGUAUUCAUCAAUUUGGGGCAAAAUUCGGUACAGUUCGAAGUUUUAUCUCGUGGACAAAAGCGCUGUGAGGACCAAUCUCGGUGAACCCACGGCCAAAAGGUCGAAGACUUCAUCAUCCACCGACCCAGUGGCUAGUCAAGGGUCGGAUGCUAGGGUCAACUUUGACCUUAACUCGUUUGAAGAGUUGGGUGAUAAUGAUAAUGAGCCGGGGCUUCAAGAACGACCCAUUGGUAGGGACGCAUCAAAGAAAGCGUCGAGAGGGGAAGCCGGGUCGAGCUCAGGAGGCAAGGGGAAAGGAAAGGGUAAGUAUAUGGAGACGUUUGAAGGAAUUGCGAAAAAGUUGGAUAAGUUGUUUGAUAUGAGCUCGAAGAAAAUUGAGUUGAAGGAAAAGAAAGUUAAGAUCAUGGAAGAAGACCGCGAUUGGAAGUUGUUGGGUACCGACUAUUCCCACCUUCAAGAGUCGGACCGAAGCAUCAUGGAACGCAAAAAACAAGCUCUUCGUGAAAAAUAUUUGUCUUGA